AUGACACCACCCAGAAAGCGACCUGCAACAGACCAGGCAUCUCAUGAACCAUUCAAGGUUGCCAGAAGAGGGAGCGUGCCCAGUAAUGGCCAUAAUGGCCAUAGCGACACCAUUGUGGGUGCAGAAUAUCUCGACAGAGCAGCCGUAGAUGAGAGCGGACCGUAUUCAGGGACAGCGAGAAGCAUAUACGCAAUCCUAUUGGGCAGCGAGAGACCAGUCCCUGGAAAGUGGCAAACAGCAGUUCAGAGGCUCAAGGACGCAUACAAAUACAACAGGAUCGAAUCUGAUGAAGUCCGUCUAUUGGUAAUCAAGCCUGGACCCGAAAGCGACGAGAUCAAUGCAGUUCUGCAGGUCGCGAGCGAUCACGACCUCGGUACUGAGGAAUACAGCUAUGAAGCCCUAUCGUAUCAUUGGGGAGAAGGGGACACAAAACACAGCAUCAUCAUACAAGAAAAUUGGAGUGAUAAAGUCAUCAAAGCCUUGGAUGAACUCGUCUUGUCAAAGAUGGCGCAGGAGGGGAGUCGCAUAUCGCGACUGUAUGUGCGGCCAAAUCUACACAGUGCCCUGAAACGAUUGAGGCAUUCCGACAGUCCCGUGGUGCUCUGGGUCGAUGCACUUUGUAUCAAUCAGCAAGACGAUAGCGAAAAGUCCGAACAGGUGCAGAAGAUGAAUGAGAUCUAUCGCAAAGCCUACAAUGUUUGUAUUUGGCUUGGCACAGAGGAUUCCGAUUUCCAUUCUAGCAAAGCGAUGUUAUUCAUCAAAGAAGUCAUCGAUUUGAAGAAGCUACCAAGGCUCCUCGCCGAAGAAAAGUUUAUCCCUCAAUGGGCAAGCCUUUUCCAACUACUGAAGUGGAGCUGGUUCUCCCGACGUUGGGUCAUACAAGAACUGGCUCUGGCCCAGGAAGCUACCGUUCACUGUGGGCAUUCCACGGUCCACUGGGAUGAUUUUCGAGAUGCUAUUGGCAUAUUCCAUCGUUAUUAUAAGUCGCUGCAGCCCAGACUCCAGGACUCCAGGCUCGUUGGUAGCCAAAUAUCUGACCUGGAACCACUUGGAGCCAACCUACUCGUUGAAAUGACAAGCGAGCUGUUCCGACGCAAACCUGACGGGAAGCACGAAGCAACCAUGGGUUUGGAGAAGCUGGUUUCACAGCUAGCUAGUUUUAGCACUUCAGAUCCUCGCGAUACCAUAAAUUGUCUACGAAACAUAUCAAAGGAGCUGAACUCUAAACGUAAAAAACCUCUGCCGCCAGCGCCAGACUACAAACAGGACCUGUUUCAAGUUUAUCAGAGCUUUCUUGAAUGGACGAUCGAAGACUCGAAAUCCAUGGAUAUCAUAUGUCGACAUUGGGCUCUUCGCGAGAAAGAGGAUGAGUGGGAUAAAGGGCCAACAGCAGCCCCAAGGCUUGUGAAGCUGCCAUCUUGGAUUCUGACAGCGGAAGAGGGGUCUUAUGGAGCCGGUGAGGCGGUAUUCAGAGGACGCAAAGCAGGCGACAGUUUCGUUGGCCUUCCAGGUGAAGGUUCAUAUUGCGCUUCCGGACGAACCGAGCCGAAGGUGAAGUUUGGAGACUACAUCACUCAAACACCUCUAGCAAGCGAUACACCGGGCAAACUUGUCUCCAUGUCCACUUCUGAGAUGGUAGUCUCGGGCAUGUCUUUGAAGGCUCAUGGCUUCCUCAUUGGUGUCGUUGGCUGGACAUCAGAUCCCAUACCCGAUGGCGUCAUCCCACAACGUGGUAUAGAAAAGCUCGGUUGGACUCAGGAAGAACGUUCGCUUUCAGCUCCCUCAGCUCCCGAUCAGCUCUGCCGUACGCUGGUAGCGGGCCGCGGUCACAACGGGAAAGGAGUGCCCACAUACUAUUCUCGGGCUUGUCUUUUUUGCUUGCUGAAUGAGACACCAAACGGACACAUCAACACGAAAGAGCUACUCGAAGCAGAUGACAUAAAAGGUCAACAAAGUAUUGUGCAGGACUAUUUGGAGCGUGUCCGCGCUGUGACUUGGAACAGGGUCAUUCUUCAAGGUUAUCCCGACUCAGUACUAUCGAAAUCGCCUAUGUCAGCAUCGCCUGUGAAUGGGGAACUAGUCGGCCUUGGACCACCUAGGACCCUUGUCGAUGACGUGAUUGCUAUAUUCCUUGGAUGUAGCGUACCGGUCAUUCUUCGCCCAUACCGACGUGAACAUUCCUUACCACAGGUUUAUGAAUUCAUUGGCGAGGCUUAUAUAUAUGGGAAGAUGGAUGGAGAAGCUAUGCAUGACUGGGACAAGGAGUGCGAAUUUGUAUUGAUCUAG